AAAAAAGGCACACAAACAUUUAAUUUUACGGAAAAGAGAAAAAGUAUGAGGAUAUAUAUACAUCUUGUAACAAUUCAACUAUAUGUUGCGUAUCACAUAUUCUGUAUUGCCUCAGUGCGUGUACAAGCUAAAAGUCGGUGUAUAGCGACUAUAAACAAUGAUGGUUCACCACCAUUCAUAUGUGAUAAUGAGAAACUAAUUGUGGAACCACAGCAACUACUUUACGAUGAUGAACAAAAUGAAGUAAUUUUCGAGAUGGCUAAUGAAAAUGAUCUAUUUCAACAGCGGUCAUCAGCACCAUUUUUAGACAAUAAUAGAGCUUUUGUUCAACUGGGAAAAAAAGGAUUUGUUCGUAUUGGCAAACGUGGAUUUGUACGGAUUGGACGUUAAUCUACGUCACAGAAUAAAACAAUGCUUUCAAUUUAGAAAAUAAUGGUCUUAUUAAUUAUUUAAUUAAAUUAAGAUAUACAGUACCGAUAUUGGUCUCACACCUUUGUUGUAAUCUCCAGGCUGCCGAAAUUCCAAAAAAGUAAAGGACUGCGAAAAUAUUUGUUUGAAG